AUGGAUGUGGAGGACCCCGAGCCACCCCCUACCCCGGAGGGAUACAAGUUGUCAAAGACCGGUAGAGUUGUGAAGAAGUCUUGGGGCGGAAAGAGGGCGGGAUCGGGAAGGCCGAAGAACUCAAUCCUUAUAUCCCCGUUAGUUCGGGUCGUAGUCAACCCCGGUCGAAUAGAGCCAUCGAAAGCGGACGAUAUCUCCGCACGUCUCGAUUACGUUCGCAACAACAGCGAAUUCAGCGAUAUCGCUGCCAGCGCAACGACGGUGAUUGAUGACACAUUGGGCGCAGACGAACUUCGAGAUCGAGACCUGGGGGGUGCGGAUUUGGACGCAUCAGAGGAGAAACUAGACGAUGUGCGACCUCAGUCAGAGCUUUCAAAAUGGUUCCUCUCCGUGAGGAAUUGUAUUGCAAAGGAGACCAGGAAACACGGACUACCGAAGUGUUACCAGCGGGGAGACUUUUUCUAUCGUCCUCGACAUCCUGUAUUUGCCCUCCAGCAUGCCGCAUCCCACGAAUUCAAGCCGUCAUCGUUGUAUGCAAAGGAUGUAUUCAUCUGGCUUCCCCAUCUGCUCCCCGGAUGUACCGAUAAUUUGCGAUGCAAGUGUGGUGUGUAUUUGAUACGAAAAGGUUUCAGUGAUAAUCCCAUCGCGCGCCGCGUUCGACACCUUCCGGAGGAUUAUUAUCUCUUGACCAGCCGUUAUCUCUGCGAUAAGGAUCGGCAGACCAAUCCUGGUUGCGGCAAGAAUUACCAGGGAACCGAUCCGCAUAUUGUCACCCAGCUUCCUCGUUUUGUUCAGGAAGCAUUUCCAGCCUAUCUGUCCGAUGGAGCGGGCAUCGACAAAACUCUGAUGCAGACUUUCAACUCGUGUGUCGUCAAGCGACUUGGACCAUCCCCCUUUUCGGAACUUGCUUCCGAAAUUCAGCAUGGGCAUCAUGCUCGCAAAGAGCUGAUGUAUUAUGCAGCCGCAGAACACUACCAGUACUACGGUAAAGAACAGAUUCCCUCUUUCUCAUCAUUCUCUGAUCCGCUCGGGUAUGCGGGACUGCCUCCAUCUGUAUCGUACCUACGAGACAUGUACACCAGCUACAUUACUGCUCACCGUAUCUUCAUGGAUCGGGCUCAGGCAGCUUUACCGCUAGGGAUUGCGAAAGCUGAUCACACUUUUGAUGUUCUGAAGUACAUGGGAGGUCUCAAGGGAGAACCAAUUUGGAAGGCGCUAUACAGUAUCGUCAAUCAAUGGGAGGAGGUCCGCGGACAUUGUUUCGCUCUGACAAAGUCGCUGUCAAAUGUUCGCGACAUGAUGCGUUUGAUUCAAGCUAGCCUUGAGAAGGUUGGACAUCCUCCAACCAGCAUUUUGUAUACCGAUUCACCCCAAAGUACGUGCUACUACCGGUCAACAAAUCCACCUCAGUUACCACCGCCAUCACCCGGUUGCACCCCCGCGGGGGUCCUCCUGGGUACCCUCAGACGUAGCUCUGAGGGUACCUAA